UAAACGUUGCAAUGUUCCUGAGGAUCGUGUGCUGAACUUGAUAUUCUACUGAUAAGUAUGUGACUGUUACUGCCUUCUGAGACUGAGCUAGACUUGUAUUCAAUCCAUAUGCAUUUGACAGAAAUGUUAAUAAUCUGUCUCUUUGAGUGGUAAUGUCUCCGUCACACUUGAAAUGGUAUGCUUGGUGUUGUAUUCUGGUGGGGCAUGUUUGCAUUUCUGCCCUGUCUCUUACUUCAGGGCAGCACAGAAGUUCAGGCACUGUGUCAGAAGACUGGAUGAAAGGUUUGGGGUCACAUAUAAGUGAUAGCUCUGAAAGCAGCACCUCGACUUAUGUUGCAACAAUGUUAUCAUCUCCAUUAAAUAAACCAGUAUCUUGUGAGGACCUGGAAGGUGUUGGAUCAUUCAAUACCACAUGCUUGUUAAACUCAAACUUGUCUUUCUAUUCUGAUCUUCACAUAUGUGGUACUGGAAACCUGGAGAUACUCCCUCAUGUAUCACUUAUUUGUCCACUUGAAGGCUGCAUGAUUACCUUUAACAUGUCUGGAAAUGUUAAAAUUGGUCAAUUUGCGGCUAUUGUUGCUGGUUCUGUGGUUUUUGCGGCUGCCAAUCUGACUAUGGAGUAUAAUUCUUCUAUAAAUACAACAUCUUUGGGUGGACCACCGCCUUCUCAAACUAGUGGAACUCCAGUGGGCUAUGAGGGAGGUGGUGGAGGGCAUGGUGGCCGAGGUGCUUCUUGCUUGAAAAAUAAUCAGACAAGCUUUUGGGGUGGUGAUGUUUAUACUUGGUCAAAAUUGUCCGAGCCAUGGAGCUAUGGGAGCAAGGGUGCAGGCACAUCUACCAAACAUCCAUUUGGAGGUAAUGGUGGAGGACGUAUCAAGCUUCAAGUGAAGGAUAUGUUAUAUCUAAAUGGAUCUAUAACUGCAGAAGGAGGGGACGGCGGGACAACUGGUGGAGGAGGAUCUGGUGGAAGUAUUUUUAUACAUGCUGUCAAGUUGAAGGGAUAUGGUACAAUAAGUGCUGCUGGUGGAAGAGGAUGGGGUGGAGGUGGUGGUGGAAGGAUAUCACUUGAUUGUUACAGCAUACAAGAAGAUGUAAAAGUCACUGUUCAUGGUGGUUUGAGUAUUGGCUGUCCUGGGAAUUCGGGAGCAGCUGGCACAUACUUUAAUGCGGAUCUGCUUAGUUUAAGAGUUGGAAAUGACAAUAUCACAACAGAAACUGAAACCCCUUUGCUUGAUUUUUCUACCACCCCGCUUUGGUCACAUGUUUUUGUGGAGAAUAGUGCAAAAGUGUUAGUUCCACUGCUGUGGACCAGAGUUCAGGUGAGAGGCCAAGUUAGUUUAUACCGUGGAGGCAGCAUCAUCUUUGGACUGUCUGAGUUUCCAGUCUCUGAAUUCGAACUUGUUGCUGAAGAGCUUUUGAUGAGUGAUUCCAUCAUAAAGGUUUUUGGUGCGUUUAGAGUUGCUGUCAAGAUGCUACUCAUGUGGAACUCCAAAAUUGAAAUAAAUGGCGGUGGAAAUACCAUUGUUACUUCUUCAGUUCUUGAAGUUAGGAAUCUCAUUGAAAUGAGGCAUAAGUCUGUCAUUAGCUCAAAUAAAAACUUAGGUGUUUAUGGUCAAGGACUACUGAAGUUGACUGGUCAUGGUGAUACAAUAAAAGCCCAGCGUCUUUCCUUGUCUCUCUUUUAUAAUGUAACAGUUGGUGCUGGUUCUCUACUCCAGGCUCCUACGGAUGAUGAUGCAAGCCGAAAAGUGGUAACAAAAUCCCUAUGCGAUAGUAAGACAUGCCCAUUGGAUUUGAUUACCCCACCAGAUGAUUGCCAUGUCAAUUACACACUUUCCUUUUCCCUUCAAAUUUGUCGCGUAGAGGAUCUUCUUGUUCAUGGCGUUGUCAAGGGAAGUAUUGUUCACAUCCACAGGGCUAGGACUAUUAUCAUUGCUACUGAUGGCCGGAUCACUGCAUCUGAACUAGGUUGCAGUAAGGGUAUUGGAAAGGGAAACUAUUUAAAUGGAGCUGGUAGUGGUGCUGGACAUGGAGGAAGAGGGGGCUCGGGUUACUUUAAUGGUAGGGUCAGCAAUGGCGGUAAUGAAUACGGUGAUGCUAAUUUCCCAUGUGAAUUAGGGAGUGGAGCUGAGGAUGCCAAUCAUUCAUAUGGAAAUGUGGUUGGAGGGGGAAUGAUAGUGAUGGGAUCCAUCCAGUGGCCACUUUUAAGACUUGAUGUCUAUGGAUCUUUGAGUGCUGAUGGUCAAAGCUUUGAUAAAGCAGCUAGAAACGAUAAUGGUACUUUAGUUGGCGGGCUUGGUGGAGGUUCAGGUGGGACAAUCCUUCUUUUCCUUCAGGAGCUGAGAUUACUUGCACAGAAUUCAUCGUUGUCUGUAGUGGGAGGCAAAGGUGGUCCACGAGGUGGAGGUGGGGGUGGCGGUGGAAGAGUUCAUUUUCAUUGGUCUAAGAUAGAUUUCAGGGAUGAAUAUACUCCAUUUGCAAGUAUAAGUGGCUUCAUUAACAGAAGUGGAGGUGAUGGAGAUGAUGGAGGUCGUCAUGGGUAUGAUGGAACUAUUACUGGGAAGAAAUGCCCUAAGGGCCUUUAUGGCACCUUCUGCAAGGAAUGCCCUGUUGGCACAUAUAAGAAUGUUGAUGGCUCUGAUGCUCGUCUUUGUACUCCUUGUUCUGUUGACCUUCUUCCACAACGUGCUGAAUUCAUUUAUGUGCGAGGAGGGGUGACUGAUCCAUCAUGUCCCUAUAAAUGCAUAUCUGAAAAAUAUGGGAUGCCGAAUUGCUAUACUCCUCUUGAGGAGCUUUUGUAUACCUUUGGGGGGCCCUGGCCUUUUGCAAUUUUAUUGUCUUGCAUUUUGGUGCUUCUGGGUCUAUUACUAAGUACUUUGAGAAUCAAACUUGUUGGGUCAUGUUCUCCCGAUAGAGCAGGUUCAGUUGAAGACCAUAAUCAUCAUCAUCGUUUUCCCUCCCUUCUAUCCUUAUCUGAGGUGCGAGGAACCCGAGUUGAAGAAACUCAAAGCCAUGUUCAUCGCAUGUACUUCAUGGGUCCUAAUACAUUCAGAGAACCUUGGCAUCUUCCUUAUUCUCCUCCAGAUGCAAUCAUUGAAAUUGUGUACGAAGAUGCAUUUAACAGGUUCAUUGAUGAGAUCAAUUCUGUUGCUGCUUAUGACUGGUGGGAAGGGUCUGUUCAUAGUAUACUUUCAAUUCUUGCAUAUCCUUGUUCUUGGUCCUGGAAAGAGUGGCGGCAAAGAAAUAAAGUUCAUCGCCUUCAGGAAUAUGUAAAGUCUGAAUAUGACCAUUCAUGUCUCCGCUCUUGCAGAUCUCGAGCCUUGUACAAAGGGAUGAAGGUUGGAGCAACACCAGACUUGAUGGUGGCAUAUAUUGAUUUUUUCCUUGGUGGUGAUGAGAAGCGUCUGGAAUUGGUGUCAAUCAUCCAGAAGAGGUUCCCCAUGUGCAUAAUCUUUGGUGGUGAUGGCAGCUAUAUGUCACCUUAUAAUCUUCACAGUGAUUCAUUGUUGACCAAUCUCCUUGGCCAGCAUGUCCCAGAAACCGUUUGGAAUCAUUUGGUAUCUGGUUUGAAUGCUCAAUUGAGGAUGGUGAAGCAUGGAUGUAUUCGUACUCACCUAAUUCCUGUUAUUAAUUGGAUAAACAGCCACGCAAACCCUCAACUUGUGUUCCAUGGGGUUAAAAUUGAGCUUUUAUGGUUUCAAGCAACAGCUUCUGGUUAUUAUCAGCUGGGUAUAUUGGUAAUAGUUGGGGAUUAUCCUCUUCAAAGUGUGCACCAGUCGAAUACGUGGUAUAGAAGUAAUAAUGAGCUGCCAAGGUCGAAUUCUGCAUGUGCAAGUAAAUGUCUAAAGCAAAUGCAGCAAAGUUGGCCGUAUGUAGGUCAUGCAUUGUCAAUUAAAAGGAUAACCGGAGGAAUAAAUGGGGGCCUUAUAAAUGUGACUACCUUAAGAUCUAUGGAGUAUAAAAAGGACUUCCUCUUUCCACUUUCUCUUCUACUGAACAAUACAAGACCUAUUGGCCGUCAGGACACCCUGCUGCUGCUGAUAAGUGUCAUGCUUUUAGCAGACCUAUCUGUCACCCUUCUCAUGUUGCUUCAAUACUAUUGGAUUUCUCUUGGGGCUUUUCUUGCUGUCUUGCUUAUACUUCCUCUGUCCCUACUUUCUCCCUUCCUUGCCGGAUUGAGUGCCUUAUUCAGUAAGGAAAAUAGAAGAGCUUCACUUGCUCGGGUAUAUGCAUUGUGGAAUGCAACAUCCCUAUCUAACAUCGUGGUUGCAUUCAUAUGUGGCAUUUUCCAUUAUAGCUUUUCCUUUUUCCAGCCACCUGCCCAGUCAAAUACAUGGAACAUUAGGAGGGAGGACGAUAAAUGGUGGCUUUUGCCAACUGUUCUUCUGCUGUUCAAGUUAAUACAAGCCCGUUUUGUAGACUGGCACAUAGCGAAUCUAGAAAUUCCAGAUUUUUCUCUAUUCUGCCCAGAUCCAGAUGCCUUUUGGGCACUUGAGGCUGGCACAUAAGAGAGGAAAGGCCAAUGACUAUCUUUUUUUCUUGAGGCUCUUGUGUUUUGGCGCCAGUAUGGCCACAUUGCACCGGUGUGGCUUCUUUUUGCUUUGUAAAUGUUCAUGUUGUGCUUUCCACCGGUGCGUAUUUGUUUUUCUUGUAAAUACAUCUUUAAUUGUAUAGAGGCAGUAGUUAUAGGUUUGCAGAUUUGCUGCAUAGCAAUCAUAGUGGAACACUGAGUGUAAAAUUUUUUGGGCAAGUCAAAGAAAAUAGAUAUAGAUUUAUAGAUCAUUUUUCAGUUGUAGUUGCUGCAUUGCAAAAUUUUAUAUAUUCUGAACACU